UGCAGAUUGUGUGUAGGAAGCCACGUCACUUUUAGGUGUUGUGGUAAUUUCAAUAAAUAGCAUACAAUGAAUAUAUUUCGCCUUGUGGGAGAUAUAUCUCAUCUUCUAGCUAUCAUCAUAUUGUUGUUGAAAAUAUGGAAAACGCGUUCCUGUGCAGGUAUUUAAGACUAAAUUUAUGAUAAGUUGGAUACAGAACCUAUCUGCCGGAAUUUCAGGAAAAUCUCAAAUUUUGUUUGCUGUUGUAUACACAACACGUUAUUUGGAUCUUCUGACGACUUACAUUUCGGCUUAUAAUACAUUCAUGAAAGUUGUCUUUAUUGCUGCCUCAUAUGCAACAGUUUACUUAAUGUACCUCAAGUUUAAGGCAACUUAUGAUCAUAAUCAUGACACUUUCAGAAUUGAGUUUUUGAUUAUACCUGCAGUUGCUCUUGCUUUACUUAUCAACCAUGAUUUCACAGUUCUUGAGGUUUUGUGGACUUUUAGUAUCUAUUUGGAGUCAGUUGCAAUUUUGCCUCAGUUGUUCUUAGUUUCAAAGACUGGGGAAGCUGAGAGCAUUACAUCUCAUUAUUUGUUUGCUCUUGGCUCUUACCGUGCUCUCUAUCUUCUCAAUUGGAUCUAUCGUUACUAUUUUGAAGAUCAUUAUGAUCUGAUUGCUAUUGUUGCUGGUGUGGUACAGACUGUCCUUUACUGUGAUUUCUUCUACUUAUAUAUCACUAAAGUGUUGAAAGGGAAGAAACUGCAGUUACCAGCUUAAUGUGUUACUGACCUGAUCAGAUGGAUUAUCAGUGUAAAUUAGAGCUGAUAUGUUCAUAUUUAAAUGGGAGACAAAAAUAGAAUGAGUGUUUUUUAAGAGAAGAAAUUUGUGUGCUAAGCAGAUUUUUUUCUGUUGAGAAAGAAUCUGCAUUAUGUAUUUGUAUAGAAAUGCGCUCCACCAAAUGUGGCUCCAUUGUCCAUUUAUUGCUGCAUAGUUUGAAGUCAAUUUUAUCACUUCAUUUCAUAUUUCAUUCAGUAAAAUAUUUGUUUGAUUGAAUCAUUUAAUAUGUGUAUUGUUUCUUUCAAAGGCAGCAAAACCAAGAGCUUUAAGAUGCCUACAAAGAUUGUUCUGUAUUAUUUGUGUUAACAUUAUAUGUCAAUAUUGAAGUAUAAAAUGGAAACGUUGUAUAUUCUUGUCUGCUAGUUUUCUUCUAUUUGGUUUGGGGAUUUAUGAAAGUAUGAAGUGUGAUUUCAGUAUUGAUAAAAGAUCAUAUCAACAUAGGUUCUACUGUUUCUUCCAUUGACUUAUUUGUAACACAUUUGUGAUUAUAUAAGACUUGCCAUAAAUAACUGCAAUUCAAAGAGAACUAUAUUGAAUUGCAUAAUGCCCUGAGGAAUGGAAAUAUUUAGAAUACACCAUGUAAAUGAUUUGAUAAUAAAAAAAUCAAAUUCUAAUUAGUUACUGUACAAGAUGAAGUGCAAAAAAACUUUGCUCUUAAUUUUUAUUUAUUUCUUUUUGUGUGCGAAUAUUUGAAAAUAUAAUUUUUCGGUGCCAAGGAGAUGAUAUGAUGCAUCAGUGUUUUUGUCCAUAUUGUGUGAAUAAUUUGGUGGCAUAAAAAGGAGAGAAUCCUUCAGGGAAUAGGUAAUCUAAAUAUGAAUUUGUAUUGUUUAUGUAAGAGACAGUAAGUUGAUAAUAAAUAUUUUCAUUUUAUUGCAAAUAAAAUUAACACAUGUUUAAUUUUCAUGUUUAUUAUACACAGUUAAAUUAAAUCUUCACUAAUACAAGUGCUCUGCACAUUUUUUUUAAUAUGUAGUUUAGAAAUACACCCACUUUGUGCCUUGAAGCUAAUAAGUGUAGGUUGACACCUGUACAAAUGGAGAAAUGUUUUAUAAAAAUUCUUUGUCACAUUUAAUUUUACACAUUUCCCCUUAGCAAAAUAUUGUCUGUAGCGUAGGUACUUACAGUUGAUUUCUCAUUGUUCUCAUAUGAAAUGACUUUGCAUUAUUUAUUUAACUAAUCAUUUUACUCAUUCAGUUUGUUACCAAAGGAUUAAAUCGUUCAGCAUUAAAAUGAAUUUUGCAAUGGGUAAAAUGACUAUUUUGACAUGCUAUUUUUUUCAGAUGAGGUCUUUGGAGAAAUCAUUAAUGCAGCAUAUUAAAGCUCCUAGGGCAUUGGUUUAUUAAUUUGAAAGAAAUAAGAAUUCUAAAAGUUGAAUUUCAUAAUUGUCUAUUGCAUUUGAUGUAAAAUAAAAUAUGCUAGACUGGAGUCACUUUUGAGUCAUGUUCAAAUGAACUUGAGAAUUAUUGUAAUAUUUCAUGUUUCUGAGUGAUCCUCAAGAGCAUUCCUUUCUAGUGGGUAUUCUAUUUCAGUGAUGCCUUCUAGUUACUGUGAGAUACUAACCUGUAUGUACAUUUUGAAUGUUUGUAUUUCAAGUACCCACUAAGGUGUAAUUCUUAUGGCAGUGAGCAAGUUGCAUAGUACAAUAACAAGUGUUUGUUUACCAGUCUGCUCUUUAUUUUGAUGUGCAUUGAUAGAAUUUAUUUUUCAAGAAUUAGAACUGCAUGAAAGAUUGUCGUUUUUAUUUCUGUAGAAUUUUAUUAAGCUUGUAAUGUUGGCAAUUGUUUUACUUUUCUUAACAUAGCUGAAGUUUGUUAAAUUUUGUGAGAAAAAUUACUUGAAUAUUGUUUGAGACAUAACAUGUUCUGACAAAUAAAGAAAUGAAUUUAAUCAUUUGUUUUACUAUUUGGACACAGAAUUUGAUUUCAGGGAAUCAUUCAAUGUAUUGUACAAUAUAGAGAUGUGAGGCACUGUGAUGUCACAUAUAUCACUUGUAAAUUUUUACUAUUGAUUUGUAAUAUAUUACAGAGAUGUCUGUUUUGAAUGUAGAUGUGUAUGGCCUGAGCGCACAUUAAUUGAACCUAUGUAGGUUCCUCACAACUGGUGUUUUAAACAAAAAAUUUCCCUUGUUUAAGUAGUUUGAGCCCCAUUACAUGCUUCUAUUGUAACAAAUUCAGUGGGCUCUUGAAAAAUUUUAUUGUGAAAAUUCAUCUACUGGUAGGUAGAAUUAAUUGUUUCUAGCUUGUGUAAAAUGUACUGCAGACCCAAUGGUAAGGUUUUUAUGAAAUUAAAUUAUUGAUAUUCAUCAUGUAAAAAAUUCUAGAUAAAUCAUGAUAAAAGUACAAUUAAGUGCUUAUUUAGAGGGGCAAGUACAUGCAAAGAUAUUUAACAAAAAAUUCAUCAAUUUAAAAUAUUUUGUUAUUAUGAGCCAUAGCAAGUUUGUCAUGUAAUAUGAAAUAACUUUGUUAAUUUUUGUCAUUCCUGACAUUGCAUGAGUAUUUACAUGUUUUCUGUCAGUAUGUAUUGUUUUUGUGCAUAUUAAUUGCCAAGAUUAUGCAAUAAAUAAUAAGUGCACAUUUUUAUAUC